GCGGGGCCCCUACCGGCUGCCGGCCCCGGUGGUGCGCGGGGCGGGGGCCGGUAGGCUGAGGCCGGCCUGCCCGCGGGGAGAUACAGCGCUUCGCUCUGCCCGCCCCGCUGCACACCACCGCCGACCGUGCCCCGGCGGGAGGCGGGUCAAGCAGGGACCGCCCUCUGCCUCCUACCUCCUCCGGUGGCACCGCCGGGCAGCCGGGUGAGUCCCCGUCGCCGCGGCGGGCGGCGCGCACAAAGGCGGCGGCGAGCGGAGCCUCCGGGCGGCAGAGGUCCAAACCAUGAAUUACGUUGGACAGUUAGCAGGACAAGUGUUUGUAACUGUGAAGGAGCUUUAUAAAGGACUAAAUCCAGCCACACUGUCGGGAUGUAUAGAUGUAAUUGUUGUACGUCAGCCAGAUGGAAAUCUUCAGUGUUCUCCUUUCCAUGUUCGCUUUGGGAAAAUGGGAGUUCUACGUUCUAGGGAGAAAGUGGUUGACAUAGAAAUUAAUGGAGAGGCUGUAGACUUGCACAUGAAACUAGGAGACAAUGGAGAGGCUUUUUUUGUGCAGGAGAGGGAUAAUGAUCAGGAGGUAAUUCCUCAUCAUCUCUCCACAUCUCCCAUUAUGUCUGAGGGAACUGCUUUAAUGGAAGCUCAGCUGAAGAGGAACUCCGUAGACAGGAUAAGAAACCUGGACACCAGUGCAUCCUCACAAGUACCACCCCAAGCCCAUGGAUCCCAGCUUUCUACUGAAACAUCUCCAGUCUGUAGCUCUGUGAAAAAAAGGAGGAAGAAGAGGAGGAAGUCUACCCAUAAAAUAGACAGCUUAAAAAGAGAAGACAAUGGCGACACAUCAGAAGACGAAGACAUGUUUCCCAUAGAGAUUAGCUCAGAGGAGGAGAAAGAACCGUUGGACAAUUCACGGAUCCCUGUUCCAGAUGUGUGUGUUGAUGACGUAUGUGACAUGAAGGCUCCUGCAGUUUCUGUGUUUUCUCAGUCUUCGUCUUACGCUCAUUCAGAUGGAGAAUGGUCACCUCUUCAAAGCCCAUCAGGUUCACGCCCUCCUACCCCUAAAAGUGACUCAGAAUUAGUCAGUAAACCUACGGACAGAAGUGGGCUGAAGAAUAAUCCCCACAUGCACUGGGCAUGGGGAGAGCUACCCCAGGCUGCAAAGGCCAGUCCUCUGCUCAAAGCAAAGGAACCCAGUGUGGUAGAUGUAAAUCCUUCUGAAAGCACUCACUUUCGGGUCAUCCAGAGUUCUCCUGUAGAGGAGUUUAACACUGAGUCUUCUCUACCUGCCCUUGGACAAACAGAUGCAGCAACUGCUGAUGAAGGUGAGCCCUUACCAGCUGAGGCAAAUAAGCCAGAGACAGAGUCUCCAGGAGCAGCUGUACCACCGUUGCCUGCCAAUGAAGAAAUAAAACAAGCUACAGCUUGCUUAACCCAACCAGCUGGCAAGACAGAUUCUCCAUCCAGAAAGAAAGACAAACGAAGCCGGCAUCUUGGUGCUGAUGGUGUCUAUUUAGAUGAUCUCACUGACAUGGAUCCAGAAGUUGCUGCACUUUAUUUCCCCAAGAAUGGGGAUAAUGUCCAAUGCAAGAACACAAAUGACACAGGGCUGCGGUCUGCCAGCCAAUCUCCACAGUCUGGCGGGAGCUCAGGUGUUGACAGUGGAGUUGAAGGCACCUCGGAUGGAAUUCGAGAUUUACCUUCCAUUGCCAUUUCUCUCUGCGGAGGCCUUACUGACAACAAAGAAAUAACCAAAGAAGAAUUCUUAGAACAUGCAGUAACAUACCAGCAGUUUGUGGACAAUCCUGCUAUUAUCGAUGACCCUAAUCUUGUGGUUAAGAUUGGAAAUAAGUACUACAACUGGACGACAGCUGGUCCCCUUCUGCUGGCAAUGCAGGCAUUCCAGAAACCUUUGCCAAAGUAUUCAUGCUUAAGUUACUUCAGAGCAGCUCUGGACACCAUUAGAUUUUGCUUUAGUAGAAUUUAUGGUCCACAGACAGCCACUGUGGAAUCUAUAAUGAGGGACAAGAUGCCCAAAAAAGGUGGAAGGUGGUGGUUUUCGUGGCGAGGGAGGAACAGCGCUAUUAAAGAGGAAGCAAAGCCAGAGCGAGGUAUGAGUGAGAGUGGACUUACAGAAGAAGACUCUUCACAGUUGAGCAUAGCAAACAGAAUAAAAGAUGAAUCUUCUUCAAGCGAUGAAGACCCUAGAGCUGCCAAACAAAAUCUCGGAUCAUUACAAACCAGCUCAAGUCAUCUCUCAUUGUCUGGAAUCAGUUACAAAAAAACGCUUCGACUCACUUCUGACCAGCUUAAAAGUUUAAAGCUUAAGAAUGGCCCCAAUGAUGUGACCUUUAGUGUUACAACACAGUAUCAAGGCACUUGCCGCUGCGAAGGCACCAUUUACCUGUGGAAUUGGGAUGAUAAAAUUGUUAUUUCUGACAUUGAUGGAACAAUCACACGGUCAGAUACUUUAGGUCAUAUUUUGCCAACUCUUGGCAAAGACUGGACACAUCAAGGGAUCGCGAAGUUGUACCAUAAAGUGAGCCAAAAUGGAUAUAAGUUUUUGUAUUGCUCAGCACGUGCUAUUGGAAUGGCAGGCAUGACCAGAGGAUACUUGCACUGGGUCAAUGAACGAGGAACUGUCCUGCCUCAGGGGCCAGUGUUGCUGAGCCCAAGCAGCUUGUUCUCAGCUCUUCACAGGGAGGUUAUAGAAAAGAAGCCAGAAAAAUUUAAAGUUCAGUGUUUGACAGACAUCAAAAAUCUGUUUUAUCCUAACACAGAACCUUUUUAUGCUGCUUUUGGAAACAGACCUGCUGAUGUUUAUUCAUACAAACAGGUGGGGGUUUCUUUAAACAGGAUAUUUACAGUUAACCCCAAAGGAGAACUUAUACAAGAACAUGCAAAGACAAACAUCUCAUCCUAUGUGAGACUGUGUGAAGUGGUAGAUCACAUUUUCCCUUUGCUAAAACGAAGCCAUUCUUCAGACUUCCCUUGUUCUGAUACCUACAGUCAGUUCACCUACUGGAGAGAACCUCCACUACCUUUUGAAACUCAGGAUGAACAUCCACCUUCAACAACCACUUAACUGUGUCUCCAAACUGCUGGCCUCAGCUCAAAGAAUAUGUUUGCUUAUAUUGAAAGGCCACCACUUGGCUUUUGCUGUUGACAGUUCAGCUGGAAUCUGUGAUGUUGUGAGCAUUGUAUUUUUUUUGUUGUGAGCAUAUUUAGAAAUGCCUUUUUUCACAUUUCCAGAUGACAAGAAGGAGUCUUACUAGGAACAGGAGUUGUGUUUCUAGCUCUUCAUCCAGCUUCUUAAAUUGUGCCAUACAGUUUCAAUAUUUAAGGUCAAAUAAAAGUGAAGUGGUGUUGGAGUUGCAGUUAAACAUACCAUAAGUUUGUAAAGUGGUUCUGUAUCUUCUCUGCAACACUGAAGUCAUCUUUCAUCUCAUCAGAACCCCUGCAAGUAAGGGAGCUGAAGGUGCUCACCAUUCCUGACAUCGUCUGGUGACAUGGACUGGCAUUAUAAUCCAUAUGUCAAAAUUCCUUUCUCUGUAGGAGCAAAUGAUUCUUCCUCUUUCCCCUUACUUGACCAACAGCUGUUUGUCUAAGAGUUAAUUACUAGAUCCUCAGCUGUUGUAAAUCAGUGUAGCUAUCAAAGCAAAUUGAGCUGUGUUGAUUGAUUUAUUCCAGCCUGUUGUUUUGACAUGGUAACACUUUUCUGAGGAAAUAAAUCAUGUGUAGUCUAAAGAGAAAGAAAAUGAAAUAAGAUGGCCAGAUUCUGGCAGUCUUUCUUAAUUUGAGAAGUACCAUGCUUCAAGGAUAGCUAUUUGGAUUAAGGUAAGUGUGCAGUGGAAGAUACAGGCUGCUGUGCAUAGUGCCUAUCUUACUGAAGUCAGUUAUUUUCAGUAGAGGCAUCUUGCAGAAUGUGCUGAGGUUCAAGAUCGUUACUGAGCCAAGAGCACUGAGGAUUUUGUCAAGAUAGAAUAGUUUUAUUUGAAACAUUAUUUUGGCAAAAAUGUGAAGUUUGAUGCUGGUGAAUGAUGCAUCUCAGGUUUUUACUGUAUGGAUUUUUUUGUUUUGUGUCAUAAAUAAUGGAUACUUUUAGUGCAAUUUACUCUCUUCUAAGAUAAUGAAAUACUUUUUGUGUUUUGUUGGUUUUUUUGUUUUUCCCCUUGUUUGUCCAGACACAAGCUGUAGAUACUAUUUUUGCUACCUGCUUUUGACAGCCUUAAGACUUAACUGUGCAUGCUAAAAGCAAUACUGCGGAUCAGUUGAUAAUGUUUUCCAAAUGGUCUGCCUUUACACAAUGCGGUACUUUACUUAAAACGUAGACAUCAAGUGACCAUAUGCCAAAUGAUUCGCAAAUGUGCUUGUAGCUAGGAAAGAAACUUUUUUCCGUUUUUCUUUUAAAAUAUGUUUUAAAGUCUGAAACACUGAAAAUGCCAUCAUGGGAUUCUCUGUAUAUUAUAUUUCAGUAUGGCUAAAAAGUGGUUCACAGGCUGUGGUCUCUGCCAGGUUGUCAUCUGUGAGGCUAUGGUACAUGCUUUGCAGCUGCUUUGUGGUGUUUUCAGUUAAGAGUUUAAUAAUAGGAAGGCAGAGUGGUCCAGGAGAAAUUUUAAGAUGUGAUUGUGGUUGGUUAGCACCCAGAAGUUUGGCAACAGCUGCUCUUUAUCACAUUUGUUCUGUUUCAACAAAUUCUGGGUUUGCAUGUCAAAGAGUGAUAGCAACCUAGGUAAGGAUGGUAAUUCUGUAGUAGGGGUUUUCUAACUUUCAGUGCUGCAGACUUUAUCUGUGAUGUCAGGGGCCAAUUUGUCAUUUCUCUGUGCCUUCAAUAAUGGAUAUAAGUGCAAUCCUGUAUACAGCUGCAGUGUGCAGUGGUGAGCUCUCUCCAAGUCUUCCUUUUCACAUGAAUGUUGCUGCUUCAGGCAGGAUGCAUGCCCACUUUGGAGAUACCAGGAUUAGAUAAACACAAAGAGAAAGAAAUGCAUGUUUAACAACCCAUACCGAUUAUGCCCUCUUGAAAAUUUAAGGAAAAUGCAAGUAUCUUUUUACUUAAAGAUGGAAGAAAUGUGGUAUGGAUUUUCUGAAAGACAAUCAGUAGGGAUUGCAGGUUGCCAAACUGGUUGCAUCUCUAAAUAUAGCCACACUUUCCUUUAAGUAUCUGUUAAUUCUUGUCAUUAGUGAUUGAAUAAGUGGAUGAAUAUAUUAACUGCAUCAUAUUUUUAUUCAGUUUUAGUAAAGGCCUAUUUCAAUCCAUUCAUUAUGCAAAAUAAAACCGAACCAACCCUUCUCUUCGGUGAGAGGCUGUCAGUUCUAUGGUAUUAACAUCUGUUUUCCUAAGGUACCAUACAUAGUAGCUUCCACCAGAAAAGAUGGUGCCUGAAAGUUCUCCACAGUUAAAGCCUGUGAUGUAUUUAUUUGUAACUUACUAAAUAACUAAUCCAGGGUUGUUUGUUGCCAUUAGUAUUUCAAACCACGAUUGUGUGGAUGGGUGGUCGUUUUAAUUCAGUCAGACUUGCAGGCGUGGUGCAGCGCUGGUACAAUAACCCUGAGACGCUGUGGAAUCUCCGCCAUGGAGUUUUUCAAGGCUUGGUUAAACAGAGUUACGGCUGACUGGAUCUAGUGUUGGCAAUCAUCUGCUUCAAGCAUGAAGUUGGACUAGAUGACCUCCAGGGGUCCCUUCUGACCAACAUUUCUGUGAUUCUGUGAGGUUAAAUGCUUUACUUCUGACAUACUGUAUACCCCUUUGUAUCUGAAAGUUGAAAUAUAGCUGAACAGUGAAAUGAGUGCGUGUUUCUAUAAUGUUUAUCAAAUCUGCUCACGGAAAAGACAUGAAAAUCAAAGUUUUGGCCUGCUAUAAACAUCACCGUGCUUUUUCAGAGAAUAUAAGACCUUUUGAUUUGGUAACAGCAAUUUUAUGCAUGAUAUUUAAACUGCUUUGUUAAUUCAUGUGGAAGAAAAAGGGAUGGUUUAAUAAGUUCCUACUCUUUCUGUGAAAGAAAAAAAAAAUCAGCCUUGUUUGCAGCGUAAUGCUGGUUUCUGUUGCAGAAUAUUUGGCUAACAUAAAUAUGCAGACACAUUAAAUCACAGUAUCUUCUAUUUAUACAAUACACAUCAACUAGAAUGUGCAGCAGUUAGGAGUGAGUAAUGUUUAUUUUCUUGAAGCUGAUGACCAUACUGCUCCAGCUGUGUCAUGUGAGGGAAAGAAUACCAUACUUGUUGUAUUAGCUAUGUUGAAGAUAAAAUCUUGCUGCUGUAAUUUAGGGAAGGAGGAGAAAGAGGGUAUUGGGUAUUUUUUAUUUGUAGUCAUGAUUAUUCAAAGCCUAUUUAUAUACAGUGUUUAUUAUAAUGUAUAUGCUACUGCAAUGAUGAAAAUAAUUUUAACACCUCAUUUUGAUCUGCUGAAUGCAACAAGGGUAGAAAUAUAUAUUCUAAUAAAGGCAAAUAUAAUUUU